GAGGCGGUGGGCUUCAUGGCAGACAUCCAGAAAACCGUCUCGGGGCCCUUGGUAGGCUCUAUUGUUCAAGGGACUAGCUCCACUCGCUUUCUGGUGUUUAAUUCCAAAACAGCUGAACUCCUUAGUCAUCACCAAGUUGAGCUGGAGCAGAAAUUCCCCAAGGAGGGAUGGGUAGAACAAGAUCCUAGAGAGAUCUUGCAGUCGGUCUACGAGUGUAUGGAGACGACGUGUGAGAAACUUGUCCAGCUGAAUAUCGACAUCUCUAACAUCAAAGCCAUUGGGGUGAGCAACCAGAGGGAGACUACUGUUAUCUGGGACAAGUUUACCGGAGUGCCUCUCUACAAUGCUCUAGUGUGGCUUGAUCUCCGUACUCAAUCAACAGUUGAGCUUCUCAGUAAAAGAAUCCCUGGCAGAAACAACUUUAUCAAAUCAAAGACUGGUCUGCCUCUGAGCACUUACUUUAGUGCUGUGAAGAUCCAUUGGCUCUUAGAGAAUGUGAGAAAAGUGAAAAAAGCUGUUGAGGAACAAAGAGCCUGUUUUGGGACCAUUGACUCUUGGCUGAUCUGGAAUCUCACUGGAGGUAUCACUGGAGGGAUCCAUUGUACAGAUGUAACCAAUGCCAGCAGAACUAUGCUUUUCAACAUUCACUUACUAAAAUGGGAUGCAGAGCUGUGUGAGUUUUUUGAUGUUCCUAUGGAUAUGCUUCCAGAUGUCCGCAGUUCUUCUGAGAUCUACGGCCGGAUGAAAUCUGGAGCUCUGGAAGAUGUGCCAUUAUCUGGAUGCCUGGGAGACCAGUCUGCUGCUUUGGUGGGACAAAUGUGUUUCCAAGAUGGGGAAGCCAAAAACACCUAUGGAACGGGCUGCUUCUUACUGUGCAAUACAGGUCCAAAAUGUGUAUUCUCUGAGCAUGGCCUUCUUACCACUGUGGCUUACAAGCUGGGCCGAAACAAACCAGUAUAUUAUGCACUAGAAGGAUUGGUUGCCAUUGCUGGGGCUGCUGUUCGCUGGCUUAAAGACAAUCUUGGCAUCAUAGAAACAACAGAAGAAAUUGAAGGGCUGGCUGAAGCGGCAGGAACAUCUUAUGGCUGCUACUUUGUUCCAGCAUUCUCUGGUUUAUAUGCACCAUACUGGGAACGAAGCGCAAGGGGUAUUAUUUGUGGAAUUACUCAGUUCACAAAUAAACAACAUAUUGCUUUUGCUGCGUUAGAGGCAGUAUGUUUUCAGACCCGUGAAAUACUAGAUGCCAUGAAUCAAGAUAGUGGAAUGCCACUCACCUAUUUGCGAGCGGAUGGAGCAAUGACCAACAACAAAUUUCUAAUGCAGCUUCAAGCAGAUAUAUUGUAUAUUCCAGUACUGAAGCCUUCAAUGCCUGAAACAACUGCACUAGGCGCCGCCAUGGCAGCUGGGGCUGCAGAAGGAGUAGGUGUUUGGAGUCUCGAACCUGAAGAUCUAGCAGCUAUCAAGAUGGAGCGGUAUGAACCCCAGAUAAAUGCAGAAGAAAGCGACAUUCGGUAUGCCACUUGGAAGAAAGCUGUGCAGAAAUCAGUGGGCUGGGCUACAUCGCAGACCUUUCAAACUGGCUUUUCUAGUAUCUUCAAUAGUAUACCGUUGGGCUUUUUUAUAGUAUCGAGCAUGGUGUUGUUAAUUGGAACAAGGUACAUCUCAAGAGCUCCAUAAAUAACUGAAAUGGCUUAAUGAAUUCCCAAGAUAUAACCUUUAUUAUUUAACAACAACAAAAAAAUCCUAGUAAUUUUCUCUCUGAAUAAGACAUUACUCUAUAGCAAUACAAUCAUAAAGAUUAGCAUGACCCAUAAGAAUAUAGCAAUGUAGUCAUAGGUAUAGAAACAUAGUACAUUUUUAAAUAUCAGCAUUUAGGAAUGGAGGGAAGGAUCAACUGGGGCAAAGAGGAGCUGAACAUCUUACUAACCAUUACUAACCUCCCCUAUCACUUCUAGGAUAUAAGAAGAACUCAUAUUCUAGUCACACUAUCUUCCAUCAAAUAUUUUCUUAUGUGAUAGACUAGGAUUUUUAUUCUCUAUAUUCUAAAUAAUUAAGUGCUAAAGAAGUGACAUGCGUUUUUUAUUAUUGGCCCCCAAAAGUGGUCUUCCCUACAUGGUAAGGAGUUUAAAAGCUCCUUUACUCAGAUUUUUCCAUAGAAACCUUUUCCACUGCUUAACGGAGUAGACAUUUAACAACAGCAUAACUUUGAUGUUUUCCCGUGAGUUAAUUUAACCUAAAUGGAAUGAUUCAUUAGAGACACCAAUGUAACUUAUUUUUUCUCUAUUUUUUUGCCUGCAUCUUGUAUGGAAGGACUUUUCCCUUCCCUGUUGGCUCCUAUUCUUUUAGUUCUUUUCAUGUAUUUUUAUUUUGAAUAUAUAAUGGGAAUACCUACAUGUUAUACAUACAUAUGAUUAAAAUAAAUAGCAAAUGGACUAAUAUCUAGCGAGAUAUUUUAGAGAUAAUAGCUAUGGCUAUGGAAAGGAGAAUCAUGAUGCACAUUAUUCAUCAAAAAUAACAUUAACUUGAGGAACCAACGUUUACAACAAAAAUAUACAUUCCAUAUAAGUCAAGAAAAAUAAGCUUCAUUCUACAGUGACUCUUUCUUGCCUUCUUUCAUAGAUCUCACAUUAGGAUAAAUAUCAAAAAAAUUGUUUAAUAAACAAAUUU